AUGGCUAGUCCUCCCGUUCUAGCUUUCGAUGCCGAGGGCCGUCCAGUGAAGUUCGAAACCUGGCUAGAUGACCUGCACCUGUUCCUACAGCUCACUGCCAAGGAAGAUAUCUCACUGUACGACCACGCCCUAGGCCAUGCCACUGCCCCUGACUCGUCUGCUGACAGCACUCUGCGUUCCCAGUGGCAGACCCGUGAUGCGCACGCUCGCUUUGCUAUUCGCAACUCCCUGCCGCUAGACGAGCGCGAGCACUUCGGCCAGUGCAAGACUGCUAAGGACCUCUACACAGCUGUAGUUGCCCGCUACUCCUCACCCGCUUCUGCCACGCUAGGCCGCCUCACUCUCCCCUACCUGUUCCCCGACCUAGCCUCCUUUCACACUGUCGCAGACCUCAUCACCCACCUUAAGACUAGUGAGGCCCGCUUUCGUGCUGCUAUGCCUGCCGAGGACCAUUUCCUCUCUCGCUCCCCCACUGAGCUCACUGUUGCCCUCCUCGAGAAGGAACUGCUUGCAGCUGAGGCGAGUAUCGUCGCUGUAGGCACCUCUCGUGGCGACCCCCGCACCCCGUUCUUUGAGGGGUGUUCCCCUUCCCCCCUCCUCCCCUCUGUCGCCUCUGCUGCUGCUGUCGACCUCCUUGGUGCUGAGAAGGUCGGGACCGCGUCUGCUUCGAGCGGGCGCCGCAGGAACAAGGGAGGCAGGGGUGGGGGUGGCGGCGGAGGAGGUGGGGGUGGAGGCGGUGGGAGUGGAGGCGCGGCUGAGGAGGCCAGUGGCGGCAGUGGGGGAGGAGACAGCAGCGGCGGGAGUGGUGGCAGGGGCGGAGGCGGCAGCGGGGGCGGAGGUGGUCGUGGUGGCGGCAGGGGUGGAGGUGGCCGGGGCGGAGGCGGUGGGGGUGGUGGUCGUGGAGGCACUGGCGGAGGGCAGAGUCAGCAGCCCGCCCCGACGCUUCAGGCCGCCCGUGAGUGGUAUGCGCAGCGUGGCUUUACCUGCACGUACGUCAUUCGCACAGGUGACCGCAGCGGCCAGCAGUGUGGGAGGCCGCACCCCAUGCAGCGCUGCUUCGCGCGCCUUACCGACGCGUGGCGCACCCAGUUUCCUGCUGCCACUGAGCUGCCGCGCUGGGCUGACCUGGAAAAGAGGGGUGUUGAUAUUUGGGCUCUAGACUUUGAUGCUAUUCUCACUGCCAUGUAUGCGAUGUCUAUUAGUGGAGAGGGUGCUCAGUACUUGCGUGUUCCGCCCGACCCGGGCAUUCAGGCCAGUCCGGCCGCCGCUCUAGGUGCUCGUGCGUCCGCUCCCACAGGUCCUGGUGAGGCUGCUGCUCUAGGUGCUAGUGCGUCUGUGCCCCCUGGUACUGAGUCGACUGCAGCACUGCACACCUUCACCCUGGACUCAGGUGCUUCUCGCUCUUUCUUUCGUGACCGUACUGUCCUUGAGCCACUCGCUCGGCCAGUUGCUGUCUCCCUUGCUGACCCCUCUGGGGGUCCGGUCAUUGCGACCUCCUCCACUGUCCUUCCUUGUCCUGCGGUCCCGUCCGGCACGCUGACUCGGGUGUUCACCAGUUCACCCCUGCCUACGAGUGCGUGA